ACUGCGAGUCCGUCCCCGGCACUGCCUGCGCUUUUACCUGAGUCGUUCCCGGAGCUCUUCCAGCCACCUCACGUCAUCCCAACCCCCGCUGAGAACGGCGCCGUCCCGAACCCAGACUCAGAGAGGUGUCCAUUGAAGUCGGCACGCCCCUCGGCAUCUGCCCGCGGCGCAGCGAGGACCCGGUCCGCGCCGCCGUCACCUCAUCGUUAUGGCGCCCACCAUCCAAACCCAGGCCCAGCGGGAGGAUGGCCACAGGCCCAAUUCCCACCGGACUCUGCCUGAGAGGUCUGGAGUGGUCUGCCGUGUCAAGUACUGCAAUAGUCUCCCAGACAUCCCCUUCGACCCUAAAUUCAUCACCUACCCCUUUGACCAGAACAGGUUUGUCCAGUACAAAGCGACUUCCUUGGAGAAACAGCACAAACACGAUCUCCUGACUGAGCCAGACCUUGGGGUCACCAUUGACCUCAUCAACCCUGACACCUACCGCAUUGAUCCCAAUGUUCUCCUGGAUCCAGCUGAUGAGAAGCUUUUGGAAGAAGAGAUUCAGGCCCCCACCAGUUCUAAGAGGUCCCAGCAGCAUGCAAAGGUGGUGCCAUGGAUGCGUAAGACAGAGUACAUCUCCACUGAGUUCAAUCGUUAUGGCAUCUCUAAUGAGAAGCCUGAGGUCAAGAUUGGAGUUUCUGUGAAGCAACAGUUCACCGAGGAGGAAAUAUAUAAAGAUAGGGAUAGCCAGAUCACAGCCAUUGAGAAGACUUUUGAAGAUGCCCAGAAGUCGAUCUCCCAACACUACAGCAAGCCCCGAGUGACACCAGUGGAGGUCAUGCCUGUCUUCCCAGACUUUAAGAUGUGGAUCAACCCAUGUGCUCAGGUCAUCUUUGACUCAGACCCAGCACCCAAAGACACAAGUGGAGCAGCUGCCUUAGAGAUGAUGUCUCAGGCCAUGAUCAGGGGCAUGAUGGAUGAGGAAGGGAACCAGUUUGUGGCCUAUUUCCUGCCUGUGGAAGAGACACUGAAAAAACGAAAACGAGAUCAAGAGGAGGAGAUGGACUAUGCACCAGAUGAUGUGUAUGACUACAAGAUUGCUCGGGAAUACAACUGGAAUGUGAAGAACAAGGCUAGCAAGGGCUACGAGGAGAACUACUUCUUCAUUUUCCGAGAGGGUGAUGGGGUGUACUACAAUGAGUUGGAGACCAGGGUCCGUCUUAGUAAGCGGCGAGCCAAGGCUGGGGUUCAGUCAGGUACCAACGCCCUCCUUGUGGUCAAACAUCGAGACAUGAAUGAGAAGGAAUUAGAAGCCCAGGAGGCACGGAAGGCUCAGCUGGAAAACCAUGAACCCGAGGAGGAAGAAGAGGAGGAGAUGGAGGCAGAAGAAAAAGAAGCUGGGGUCUCAGAUGAGGAACAUGAGAAGGGCAGCAGCAGCGAGAAGGAGGGCAGUGAGGACGAGCGCUCUGGCAGUGAGAGUGAACGGGAGGAGGGUGACAGGGACGAGGCAAGUGACAAGAGUGGCAGUGGUGAGGACGAGAGCAGCGAGGAUGAAGCCCGGGCAGCCCGAGACAAAGAGGAGAUCUUCGGUAGUGAUGCUGACUCGGAGGAUGAUGCUGACUCAGAUGAUGAGGACAGAGGACAGGCCCGUGGUGGCAGUGACAAUGAUUCGGACAGUGGCAGUGACGCAGGUGGCCAGCGCAGCCGGAGCCAGAGCCGGAGUCGCAGCCGCAGUGCCAGCCCCUUUGCCAGUGGCAGUGAGCACUCAGCCCAAGAGGAUGGUAGUGAAGCAGCUGCUUCUGAGUCCAGUGAGGCCGACAGUGACAGUGACUGAGGCCCAAGGGCUUUCAAAGGAGGCUGGAGCAAUGAGGCACUUUUUUAGUGGUCUCUUUGUGAGCUCUUCACUUUGUUGAUUCUCCCCACCCUUCCACCUUUGCUGCUAAUAAAGCCAACUUCUCUUGA